CACCGGUUGUUUGGUUGUUUCCAAAACAGCAAUCAAUUUUUGUUGGGAUUUAAACCUUAAACACGUGCUUUUCAAGUUGAAUUAUUAUUGUUGUGAAAUACUUUAUGGGACUAAACUCAGUUUAAAAUGAAUAUUUCUAGUGAUUUAACUGAAACUGUGUUAACAUUUUUAAAUAUCAAUGAACAGUUGAAAAUUGUUGAAAAGGCAUUAGGAAGAAAUAAGAAGAUCAAACCCACUGAAAAAAAUCAGUAUCUUAUUAGCUAUGUAGCUACAGAGCUGUUCUUGGAUCCUAAACACUUUAACAGCAUUUUUAAUCACUUUUCGAAACAUAUUUCUGUACUAUUGCAGAGAGUAUUGUUUUCUGUUAAAAAUGAUAACAACAAACAUAAUCAUAUUUUAAGGACUAUUUUAUUGGGAAGAGUAAUUAGCAAACGAAAAGAUUUACAGGGAUUUGGAUUAAAAUAUUUCUCUCAAUCACCAUCUGUAUUUGAAUGUCUUGAAAUUGGUGAAAGUUCACUAAAAAAGUCAAAAAUGGAGAACAUCUUUUAUAGUGAUCUACAAUUUGUUGAAGCAUGUUAUCAUUUGUUAAAGAACAAUCCAGAUUUUUACAGAAAUAAAUGGAACUGGUCCAUUUUUCUACAAAGAUAUUUUGAACAUGAGGAUAACAGAAUCAAAUGGAUUUCAUGUCAAAUUUUUUCUAUUCUUUUUGGAAUAAAUGAGAGACAAAUUAAUAAAAUAAUUUUAAAUAUGAUGACUAGAGAAUUACAUACAAAAUUCACUUGUAUUUUUAAUUUACAAGAAACUCUUGAUGAAAAUAUUGCCCCGACAUUAGAUUCUAAUCCAGUUUUUAGUAUUCCUGAUAAAACCACUGAAGACCUUAUUAAUUUUUCUGGAAUAUCUAUACCAGUAUUAUCAAGAAAUUCAAAUAUAAAAACCAAUUUGGUUGAGGUUCCUUCUACAAUUAGUAAUUUAAGCAAAAUUGCUUUGGGACUUACAUUAAACAAAGCCAUUUGUCUACAAGGUCCUGUUGGUUCAGGUAAAACAACACUUGUGGAAUAUUUUGCUGAAAAAACUGGCAGAAAUUUGGGUGAGAAUUUCAUAAAAGUGCAGUUAGGUGAUCAAACAGAUAGUAAAAUGUUACUGGGUACCUACAGAUGUACUGAUGUGCCCGGGGAAUUUGUAUGGCAACCAGGAGUUUUGACACAGGCUAUUCUUGAAGGGAACUGGCUUCUCUUAGAAGAUAUUGAUUCUGCUAGUAUGGAUAUUGCUUCACUAUUGACCAGUCUAUUAGAAAAUAAUUCUUUGGCAGUACCUGGUUACAGAGAUUCUGUUUCAAUAAUUCCCGGUUUUCAGCUGUUUGUAACUCACAGAUUUGUUUCAACCAUCACUGGUCAUCAUAAAAAACACUCAAAUUCCAUGUCCCUAUUAGAUAAAUAUCUUCUACAAAUAAACAUCGACCCCUUAACCAAUGAUGAACUAAAACAAAUUAUAAAUACAAAAUAUUCAGAGUUUCAGACCAUAUCUGAUCGUUUAGUCAGCGCAUUCUUACUUUUCAACCAAGAUAUGUCUGAUCACACUAAAAUUACUAUACCAAAAAGUGGUCGUCAAAUAUCAACUCGUGAUUUUUUUAAAUGGUGUGCUAGAGCUAUAAUAGAUUUUGACAUAAAAAGUCAAGCUAGUGCUCUAAAAGUCCUUCAAGACGCUAUAGAUGUUUUCUGCUGUCCAUACUCCAACCAGGAAGAUGCAUUAGAGCUUGCCAGAAAAAUCAGUACUCAUCUAGGUAUUAUUAACCACAAAGCAGAUUAUUUUUUUAAAGAUUACAAACCUAGUAUGCAAUUAACACCAGAACAUUUAGUGGCAGGUCGGGUAGUUCUGACUAGAAAUAACAAUGAAUUUAUGAGACAUGUUAGAUAUUCUUUUACAAGGCCAUCUUCAGUGCUACUAGAAAGAAUUAUGUGUUGUAUACAAUUGCAGGAACCUGUAUUAUUAGUAGGUGAAACAGGUACAGGAAAGACAUCUUGUGUUCAAUACCUAGCUCAUACUAUCGGCCAAAAAUUAGUGGUUAUCAAUAUGAAUCAGCAGUCCGAUUCUGCAGAUCUACUAGGUGGAUUUAAACCAGUCGACUCAAAAUAUAUAAUAUCGCCUGUAAGAAAAGAAUUUGAGCAAAUAUUUUGCGACUUCUUCAAAGUAGAGCCCAACAAAAAGUACCUCGCCAACUUAGCGCUAUGCUUUAACAACCAGAGAUGGACUGACUUGAUAAAAUUAAUGACAGUGAGUUUUGAAGCUGCCGAGAAAAGACUGAUAAAGUCUUUGGAAGAUUUUGAAAAGUUGAAAGGCAGUAAAGAUGAAGAAAAAAUUAAUAAAUAUAAUAGAGAGAAGGUGUAUUUAGAAAAAUGGAGAACAGUAGGGGUAAAAUUGAGAAAAUUGGAAGUACAAUUGAAGCACACCAAUGCUAUGGCUUUUGCUUUUAUAGAGGGCAGUUUAGUAAAAGCUGUUGAGAAGGGAUACUGGGUAUUAUUAGAUGAAAUUAAUUUGGCUAAUGCAGAAACUUUAGAAUGUUUAUCAGGAUUAUUAGAAGGUUCUCAAGGUUCUCUAUGUUUAUUGGAGAGGGGUGAUAAAACGCCAGUAAAAAGGCACCCUAACUUUACCUUAUUUGCUUGUAUGAACCCCUCUACAGAUGUUGGAAAGAAAGAUCUACCACCAGGUCUUAGGAAUCGUUUUACAGAAUUUUUCGUUGAUGAACUAAAUGAAAAGAAUGAUCUUCUACUUUUGGUUAACAAUUAUUUAGAAGCAAUGUCUAUUAAACAAAAAGAUCUGGAAAAUAUAGUUAAUUUCUAUUUAAAAGUUAGAAAAGAAACUAUUAUGAGUUUAUCAGACGGUCUUGGACAUAAGCCUCACUAUUCUUUAAGAUCUUUAUGCAGAGCUUUAUUUAUUGCAUCUAAAAAUCCCUGUGGCAUGUUUAAAAGGAGUUUGUAUGAAGCAUUUUGCCUCGGUUUUUUGACCCAAUUGGAUAGUCAUUCGUAUCAGGUUGUUGAAAAAUUGAUAUUAAGUCAAUUGAUUGGUGAUGCUAAAGCUGUAAAGGCUGUUCUGAAUCAACCAAUACCUAAGCCCGAAAAUAGUGAAGAAUAUCUACCAUUUGAGGGUUAUUGGGUCAAAAAAGGACAGCUGGAACCAUCUGUACUAGAGGAUUAUAUACUUACAGUAUCUGUUAGAAGGAAUUUAAAAGAUUUAGUGAGAGUGGUAUCUAUUGGAAGACUGCCAGUUCUCUUGCAGGGUGAUACUUCUGUGGGUAAAACAAGUCUUAUAACCUUCCUGGCAAAAGCUAGCGGCAAUAAAUGCGUUCGUAUUAAUAAUCAUGAACAUACAGAUUUACAAGAAUAUGUAGGUUCUUAUGUAGCAGACUGUGACGGAAAAUUAGUCUUUAGAGAAGGAUUACUUGUUGAAGCAAUGAGGAAAGGGCAUUGGAUUAUCUUAGAUGAACUAAAUUUGGCUCCAACUGAUGUAUUAGAAGCUCUUAACAGAGUAUUAGAUGAUAAUAGAGAGCUAUUUAUUCCCGAAACACAGGAAACCGUCAAAGCUGAUCCGAAUUUCAUGUUAUUUGCAACUCAGAAUCCUCCUGGAGCAUAUGGAGGUAGAAAAAUGUUGUCUAGGGCCUUUAGAAACAGAUUUGUGGAGCUCCAUUUCAAUGAAAUACCCCCUAAGGAACUAGAAUUUAUCCUUCAUCAGAGAUGUCAGAUGGCGCCCAGUUAUGCUAAAAAGAUGAUAAAUGUCAUGACAGAGUUACAGAUGAGAAGAAGGGGUUCAGCAGCUUUUGCAGGAAAACAAGGAUUUAUAACUUUAAGAGAUCUUUUUAGAUGGGGAGAAAGAUACAGGUUAGCUCAAAAUUCUAAGAAAUUAUAUGACUGGGAUCAACAUUUAGCUGACGAAGGUUAUCUUGUAUUAGCUGGAAAAGUUAGAAAAUUCGAAGAAAAAUACGAAAUAAUUGACGUGUUACAGAAACAUCUGAAAAGAGAAGUUGAUCCUGAUAAUCUUUUUACUUUAUCCGAAAGAACGUCAACUGUUACUCGUCACAUUUUGAAAAAAAUGAAUGAAACUAAAGCCAACCACAAAAAUAUUGUUUGGACAUAUAGCAUGCGUCAAUUAAUUGUUAUGGUGUCCAAAGCUUUGGAAUUUAAAGAACCAGUAUUACUGGUUGGUGAAACUGGUGGGGGUAAAACAACUGUUUGCAAAUUGAUAGCAGAAAAUAACGGACAAAAGUUAGUAACUGUCAAUUGUCAUAUGCACACUGAAAGCAGCGAUUUCAUUGGAGGUUUAAGGCCUAUUAGAGAUCAUUCGAGUGAGGAUUCUACCAAAUUAUUCCAAUGGGUAGAUGGACCCCUUAUCGAAUCGAUGUUACAAGGACACGUAUUUCUGGCUGACGAAAUCUCUUUAGCAGACGAUAGUGUAUUAGAAAGACUCAAUUCUUUACUAGAACCCGAAAGGAGCUUGUUAUUGGCCGAAAAAGGAAUAGACUUUAAUAACACCCAAAAUUCGGAAUUAAUUGUGGCCAAUGAUAACUUCUUUUUUAUUGGUACCAUGAAUCCCGGUGGAGAUUUUGGAAAAAAAGAGUUGUCUCCCGCACUUAGGAAUCGUUUUACUGAGAUCUGGUGCGAAUCUUGUAAAAAUCGCCAGGAUUUAGUUGAUAUUAUUGAACAAAAUAUCAAAUCCGGUAUAUCCAUGGGCAAUCAACAAGAUGGAUCGAGCGGUGUUGGCAGUGCUAUUAUGGACUUUAUAGAUUGGUUUGAAAAUACUGAAGUUGGAAAAAGGUUUACAGUCAGCAUUCGUGACAUAUUAACAUGGGUCAACUUUUUAAAUAAUUGUUCUGAUAAAAUGGACAUAGCAGAAGCAUAUGUUCACGGAGCUUAUCUAACAUUUUUGGAUAGUUUGGGUUCAGGAAUUACAAGUACAGAAAGCUUAAAAACUUUGGAGUCAAUCAAAAAUAAAUGUGCCCAGUUCCUUUCCAAUCAAGUGGUUCAUUUGGGCUUACAAACAAAUAUACUGGAUGUAAACAACUUAAAAAUUGACACUAACGAUAAAAAGUUUGGUAUAAAACCUUUUUAUAUAGAAACAAAUCCAGACGGUAUUGCUAAAACCGGUUUCAGUUUCAAUGCCCCGACUACAUUCUAUAAUACACUCAGACUUUUGAGGGGAAUGCAAUUGAAUAAAGCAAUUUUGCUUGAAGGUAGUCCAGGUGUCGGUAAAACCAGUUUGGUCACGGCCUUGGCUAAGUUUACGGGACAUAAAUUGUUUAGGAUUAACCUUUCAGAUCAAACAGAUAUUUCGGAUCUAUUUGGUUCCGAUUUGCCAGUUGAAGGCGGGGUAGGUGGCCAAUUUUCUUGGCGUGAUGGUCCUCUUCUUCAAGCACUCAAAAACGGCAAUUGGAUUUUGCUGGACGAACUGAACUUAGCUUCCCAAUCAGUACUGGAAGGUCUAAACGCCUGUUUGGAUCACAGAGGAGAGAUAUUUAUUCCGGAAUUAGGAAAAACCUUCCUCGUAAAAGCCGGAACUCGCUUUUUUGGUUGCCAAAACCCGUUGAAACAAGGUGGAUCUCGUAGGGGAUUGCCUCAAUCUUUCCUCAACAGAUUUAUUCAAGUAUACGUCAAUUCCUUGACAGAUAAAGACUUGACAUGCAUUUUAUUGAAUCAAUUUAGUAAUUUACCUAGUAAUAUGCUACACAAAAUGGUGACAUUCAAUACUAAAAUAGUGGGACUAUUGGAAAGUCACACUUUCGGUCAUAAAGGAGCACCAUGGGAGUGUAAUCUACGUGAUUUAACAAGAUGGUGCGAAGUUACCAUCUAUCACUCCAAAAUAGCGCACGGUUACCAUCCGGAAAGUGUCGUUCACCUAAUAUAUGCUGACCGCAUGCGCACUCUAUUGGACAAAGAUAGAGUCAAGACAGUUUUCGAGGAAGUUUUCGGUUGUGAAGUUCGCGGUACUCGUCCAGUGGCGUACGUCACCGAGGAUAGAGUCUUUUUCGGGGACAUUUUCGUUGAAAGGAACCAGAAUAAGGUGGACACUAAUAUUUUGAAGCAGGAAAAAAGUGCUUUGGUAUUAAGGGGACAACUGGAAGUGUUGAGAAGUUUGGCGUUUUGUGUCAGUCUGAAUUGGAUGGCCGUUUUGGUGGGGACUUCGGGCGCGGGAAAAAGUAGUGCGGUAAAAACAUUUGCGAACCUUGCAGGUAAAACUUUAAAAACUUUACCGGUGACAUCGGCUAUGGAUACGACUGAUAUUUUAGGAGGAUUUGAACAGGUAAGUUGUUGAAAUAUUUUUUUUU